GUCACCCUGCCGUCACAACACGAAGAGACCACCAGGGAGCAAGAAAGCAAUAACAAACAAACAAACCUAGCAGCAAGCUAACGCAACUUUUGGAAAAAGCCUAGAACCAUCCGUGAAGUAUCUCAUUCACGACUGACAAACCAUACUGCUGUGUUUGCACUCCAACGAAAACCCCCGUGUAGGAUACGAUGUGCAAAGCCAACAAAGAAGACAAAUAAACUGAUUAGUGUAAGCAACUAAGGAUGGUUCGGGGUGGUCUGUGGUGCGAUGGAGCUCAAUGGAGCGUCCUUAUUGCGGUUUUCUGCACCAUACUUGUUCCGUCACCCACUCAUGCCUAUAUCUACGCUCAUUAUAGCAACAUGACGUCCAUGUUGUUCGAGGACCUUCCUGCCUUGUUUGGAGCUCAACUUCCUAAAGACGGACUGAUGGGGGUUUUGGUGGUUUCCAAUCCACUUAAUGGCUGUUCAAUAAUCGACCCACCUCCUCCACUGCCGCCAUCUCAUGAUGCCAACACGACCAAAUUCAUGGUUCUCAUCAGGCGCUUUGAUUGCAAUUUUGAUAUUAAGGUCUUGCACGCUCAGCAAGCUGGAUACAGUGCAGCAAUAAUUCACAACAUGUACUCAGACACUCUGCUCAAUAUGAACUACAGCAAUGACACUAUUGCAGAGGAGAUCGAGAUAUCCUCUGUGUUUACCAGCUACUAUGCUUCCCAAAUUCUCAGGAGUUUCAUAAUUCCAGAGCAGGGGGCUUAUGUGAUCCUCAAGCCAGAGUUUGCUUUCCCGCUCUCAUACUACCUGAUUCCCUUCACUGGAGUCAUUGGCAUGAUCAUUCUUGUGAUGUGUGUUGUCUUGAUGAUACGAUGUGUACAAUACAGAAAACGGCUGAGGAAAAACCGUUUGUCCAAAGAACAACUGAAGCGCAUCCCGACCCACAAGUUCCGUAAAGGAGACGAUUAUGAUUUGUGUGCUAUCUGUCUGGAUGACUAUGAGGAGGGAGACAAGCUGCGAGUGUUACCUUGUUCACACGCCUACCACUGCAAGUGCGUGGACCCGUGGCUCACACAGACCAAGAAGACAUGUCCCGUGUGCAAACAACGAGUCACCCGGAACAAGACGGAGCAAUCUGAAUCCGAGUCCGAGGAGGAAAGCGGAGGACGCCGAGAGGAAGAAGGGACAGAGGGCGACGGAGACUCGGAGCGCACUCCUCUGCUUCGGCCCUCCAACCCCGGGUCCCCCUCGGGGAGCCUGGGAGCUUAUUCAGCCACCACCAUCACCACUGCCCAGUGCCUCGCCUCACCUGUACGCUGCGACUCCCCCCUCCUGGAUUACGAAGGCUACCACUCCCCGCUGGAGGACACGGACUCAGAAAUCGAGGAUGAGAUGGGCACCACACCGACGAUGACACCGCACAGCUGAUUGGUAGGGAUAGUGUGGAGGUCUGAUGGUUGGAACUUGGAUGCAAUGAGAUUAGUUUAACCUAAAAAAAAAAAAAAAAGGGGGUCGUUAUGUCUCGCUUAUCACACUACACUACACUUUUGUGGUUUGCAAGACAUUAAACGUAUCAGAACCUUUUACCAAGUAACCAGAGGAGGUCUUCUCGUUAGUGUCAAAGCACAUGCAACACUUUGCAUUGAUAAAUUACUAAAAAUGAAAUGUCAAGCAACUCCACUCAAGUUUUGUUUACACACAUUCAAUCCUCUCUGUGGGUAGAAUUUGUUUUAAAGCCGCAUGUCCUAACUUGACCCACACUAUGUGACCUAACCACUUGUGCUACACAUAAAGAACGGGCCCCUUAACCUCUCUGGUAAUCUAACAUGCUGUAUGAAUAACAGAGUUACUGUAGUUCAUAAACUAAAUGAUUUAAAUUGGACCUUUUGGGCUCCCCAUGUGAGCGGUGGGUUAGGUCAGAGCAGUUUUAACGACUCGCUGUUGUCUUAAUCAGAAUCCCUUUUUUUAUCCGACACUCCUUUUUCCCAGCACUCCUGAACAUGGUGUGAAAAUGGAGGGACACGUUUGUCUUCAUUUAAUGUUUUCAGUCCACUACGCUCACGUUCUCAUCUCAAGUCUCACUACUAAACAACGAUACUAUUAUAGCACACUGCGAAGAUGUUACACGUUUCUGCUGCUUUGCGUCUGUAUUUGUUUUCUAUGUGGUCAGUUUAAGGACAAAUUAAUUUGAGCUUUAUCCAGUUUGUCACGUUGAACAAACUCAGGUUUUUAUUGCAGCAGAUUAAAGGUCAGUGAGUAUUGUAAAUGAAUGACAAAGACAGAGUUAAGGGUUUUCUGUUACAGAUUGUUUUUAACUUUUUUUUUCUUAUUCUUCUCUGAAUCAGUGAAAUUUAGAGUCAUGAUUAUGAAUCUGGGACCCAGUGUUUUUCUUUUUUUUUCUUUUUUUUUUUUUAGCAAAGAAGAGCAUUAUUGCCUUAUAUUGGCCUUGGUGUGAUUGCAUAUGUUCAAUUAAAUGUCUGGAAACUGAAGGGACAGGAUUCACACUCCUUGGCUUUCCUAAUGUCUAGCUGUAUUUAAUGCCGCUUUCUUCUUGUUUCCCUCUCUGACAUUUUGCUCCACAUCUUUUGUAUAAUGACACAGAAAAAGAACGAGAGCUCAUUUGUUUCCACAUGUUCAGUGCUCCUAAUGAGACGUUAUAGACACCUGGAUAUUUGUACAAGCUCGUUGGCUGUCAAACCACAUCGGACUUGUUUCUGUACUUUUACCAAGCGACCUGUUCAGGGUCCAAACUGUUGAUUUCUGUAUUGAGCAGAACGAGGUUAUUCUAGCUGUUUCACUCUUUCUAUAAUGUUUCAAAGUGUUGACUUUGAUCUCCGAUGCUCAAUUCACAACUGUUUUUUUUAAUGUAAAAAGCUUACUCAUUGUGGAACUUUUCCUAAAGAUUCUGUCAUGUAUGAUUCAAAUAACGAGUGCUGCAGGUGUUAAAGAAUUGCUUCAUCAUGGUCCCACUUUAUAACCCUAACUCAUAUUUAUACUAAGCUCAAAGGGGGAUCAAACUCGAUCCUGACCGAUUAAUCAUCCAGCCGAUAUUAGAUAAUCCAGUGACUCGGUAUUGGCUAAUUUUAUCAGAUAUGUUCUGAUAGUACUGGAUUUAUUGACUAUUCAAUUGUCAUUUUAUUUGAGUAGCAUUGAACACUAGAAAUUCUCUUUCUGGCUCUCACCAGCAGAGGGCGCUAUAUGGACUACAACAAGCAUCAUCACCAUCCAGAGUGUGUAGCGGUGAUGCACGUACAUGCGCAGUUACUUUCCAGUUGAGUGACCGUCUCGUCUUCGUUAUAAAACUUUAUAACGAGUUUGAGAACUCCAUUUGAGGGAUCAACCCAAUAAACGUUUAUAUCUAAAUUUAUUUAACUCUGCAGAUCAAAUGUAGAUCUAAGAACGAUAUCAGCCAAUAUACAUCGGGUUUAUUUCUCUUGCCAAUAUUGAUAUCGGCCCUAAAAAUCGGUCGGGCCCGAGAUCAAAGCCGUCCCCUAAAACACCACCACUACAGAUAAUAGGAAACACUUCAGACACUGCGUACAUUUAUAUUCUUCAUCUCAGCAUUUGUUGUCUCACUGUUGUAUUUUGGUGUGAAAGAUGAGAAUCAACAGGACAUUCCUUCUUUAUACUUCACUGAUUGUUGAUCAAAAGACUUAACACAAUGAUGUUUUAAUCGGGACUCGUUGGCAAUAGUCAAUAUUGUAAAAUUGAACCGCUGUUUUCCUAUUCAUGCUUCGAUGUCUUUUGUACUGUGUCCUUUCUGUUUGGCUCUAAAUGUCUCACUUUGAGAGACUGUUGACUUAAACAAUGAACCCCCUCCCCCCUGUAUGAUUUAUUGCUCCUCUUCUUUUAGAAUGUGCCUAGUUCAUUACUUUGAAAUGAAACAUGUACAGUGUCAACUAUGAUUUUCAUGUAUAAAGCACGUCUGAGAAUCCUUAGGAUGUAUAAACAGUCUGUGGAAAGUCGCAUUUAAUGUGUGAUUCGUGGAAGAUUAAAUUGAUCUUGAAAAAGGAA